AUGGCGGCCGCCUCGGGCCAGCAGCCAGACCUCAGCUCGUCCGUCGCCGGGCAUCUCGACGCCUCCGACGGGCAGCAGCCCCCCCCCGAACUCGUCCACAGCCUGCAGCACGGAAGCGCCGUCCUUGCCCUCGCCGUCAGUCCUCGGCACGACUCCAUCUUUGCCGGCACUCAGGACGGCGAGAUCGUGGUCUGGUCCCUCGCCACCUUCCACCAGGUGCACCAUGUGCAGGCCCACAAGCGCAGCGUCCUCUCCUUGUUCCUAUCGCCCGACGCCUCGCUUCUCUUCUCGAGCGCCGGUGACCCCGUCGUCAGCGUUUGGUGCCCCAAGACUCUGCGUCGCCUCUUCGAGAUCUACGGCGUUCACGAUGUCGGCGACAUCUUCUGCACCGCCUACAGCCCCCAGCACGACACGCUCUACAUCGGCGCCCAGAAUACGACGAUCCAGUGGGUCGGCCUGAGCAGCGCCGGCGCCCGGGUCGCGCCCGGGUCUCAGAGCCACCCCGAUCGCAGGAACCACCGCUUCUUCGACUCCAAGGCUGUCGGGGGCACGAGCACGCCGCGACGGAGCGACGACCGCUGGAGCCUGAUCCCCAAGGCCCAGGCCGUCCUCGAGAUUGACGGCGGCUCGAUCCGGCCGUUUGCCCACAACGGCUACGUCUACUGCAUGCUCAUGGCCAGGGGGCCCACCGUCGAGGUCGACGCCGAGGACGACGUCUUGAUCUCCGGCGGCGGCGACGGCACCAUCAAGCUCUGGAGCCUCGGCGGCGCGUCGUCGAGGAGCGGCGGGGCCGACGAGAUAGGCGCCGAGCACGCGGGCGGCAUCGGCGAGCUGAUGACGCUCGGAACCGACGACGCAGACUCCGUCCUGUCGCUCGCCCUCGACGGCUCCUUCCUCUACGCCGGCAAGCUCGACGGCAUCGUCGAGCUCUGGGACCUCGACACGACCCAGCGGUUGCGCGUCAUCAAGGCCCACGAAGGCAACGUCGUAUCCCUGCAGAUGAGCUGGGGCUACCUGUGGACGGUCUCGACCGACGGCUGGGCGAGCAAAUACAGCACCGCCCACUACGGUGCGUACCGGCACGCGUCCGGAGGCGUGAGCCAGAAGUACCAGUGCCUGAGCAAGUGGAAGGCACACGAGGGGAGGAUCCUCGCCUCGGCGGCGACGACGUACAAGUGCAACAAGUUCUUCAUCACCGGCGCCAACGACGACGACAUUUCCAUCUGGUCCGUCGACGACCAGGCCUGCUCCGAGACGACGGCGGCGUCGGCGAGCGAGAACGUGCUCGUCUCGACGCUCGCCGACUUCGUCUCCUACAAGACCGUGUCGUCACGUCCCGAGUUCGCCGAGGACUGCCGCAAGGGUGCCACCUUUCUCGGCGCCCUCUUCAAGCGCCUCGGCGGCCACGUCGAGAUGCUGAGCACCGACACGGCCCACAACCCCGUCGUCUACGCCCGUUUCUCGGCCAAGAAGGAAGCGGCCUCGAGCCGGAAGCGCAUCCUCUUCUACGGCCACUACGACGUCGUCGCCGCCGAGCACAAGAAGGGCAAGUGGGCCACCGAUCCCUUCACGCUCAAGGGCGCGAACGGCUUCCUCUACGGCCGCGGCGUCAGCGAUAACAAAGGGCCCAUCCUCGCGGCGCUCUACGCCGUCACGGACCUCGUGCAGGCCCAGAAGCUCGAGAACGACGUCGUGUUCCUCAUCGAGGGCGAAGAGGAGUUCGGCUCACGCGGCUUCGAGGCGGCCGUCAAGAGGAACAAGGCCCUCAUCGGCGACGUCGACUACGUCCUGCUGGCCAACAGCUACUGGCUGGACGAUGAGGUGCCGUGCCUCACGUACGGCCUGCGCGGCGUGCUCCACGCGACCGUCUGCGUCGACGCCCCUCGCCCGGACGCGCACUCAGGCGUCGACGGCUCCCACCUCAUGGACGAACCCCUCUCCGACCUCACGAGAAUCUUGUCGACGCUCAAGGGAGCAGGCAACCGGGUCCAGAUCCCUGGCUUCUACGACGGCAUCCCGCCCACGACGCCGGAGGAGGAGGCUCGAUACGACGACAUCGCCUCCAUCAUGACGCACAACAGGGGCGAGGUCGUUUCCGAGGCGGAGCUGAAGCAGUCGCUGAUGGCCCGCUGGCGGGAGCCGAACCUCACCAUCCACCGGUACAGGGUAUCCGGCCCCGACGGCAGCCUCGUCAGCAGCCACGCGAGCGCCAACAUUAGCCUGCGGCUGGUGCCGGGUCAGGAGGUCGAUGAAGUCGCCGGCGCGCUCGGCCGGUUCCUGAACCGCGAGUUUUCGCUCCUCGAGUCGCAGAACAGGCUGACGAUCGAGGUCGACAACAGGGCCGAGCCGUGGCUUGGCGACCCGACCAACGCCAUCUUCCGGACCAUCGGACAGGCCAUCGUCGAGGCGUGGCCGGACCGCUUCGACCGGUCGACGGAAGGGCAGGCUGCCGUGUCGGGCUCGCUCGCGGCGGCGAAGUCGUCGAAGCCCAAGGGCCCGUUGUACAUCCGCGAGGGAGGCUCGAUACCGGCCAUCCGCUUCCUCGAGAAGGAGUUUGGUGCGCCAGCAGCUCAUCUACCGUGCGGCCGGGCGAGCGACUCUGCCCAUCUUGACAACGAGCGCAUGAGCGUCUUGAAUCUUCUCAAGGCUAGGGAGAUUUUUGGCAAGAUUUUUGCGCGACUGUGA